AUUGCUACUUUCUACCUGCUCUCCACUCAUGAUAGUUUCAAUCAUCACAGUACAAAACAUACCAAAAUCAAUAUUAUGAUGACUUCUUUCACUUUUGCGUCUCUCUAAAAUUGCAGUCAUGGUAAAAUCUUGAUUUACUUAAUCAUAGGGACUCCCAAAUACACGAGUUCUCUAAAAAUAGAAUAGAAGUAGAUAAUUGAGGGCUUGUUAUUCAACAGUAUAAUAUGACUUUUAUACCCGUGUCAAUCAAUAUCCAUAUUCACAUAUAUCUAUCUAUGAUCUUAUCUUUAACUUAAUAUCUUUUACAUGGUAUUCAAUAGGAAGAAAAAUAUCUUAUGACACAUGUGAAAACUAUCACAUAAAUUGAGCCAUACGCACAUAUUAAUAGAUUCACCUAACUUUAUAACACUCAUUUCUUACACUUCUUAUUACAAAUAAUAAAUUCGUUCUUCAAAAUGUGAUUAAUCAAUUUAACCUGGUUUAUCAUGAAUUUAGUCAAUAAUCCUAUUCUUCUUCCAUUUAGUUGAAGAAAAAAAGCUUUGCGGUGAUUUUUUCAAGGUGGGCCCUCCAAUAAAAAUGGGGACAAGCACUCAACGUCAUUGUUUCAAACCUUGGGGCCAUCACCUAAUCUUCUGCAGUCAAGCCACGUUGGUCACCCAAACUGAAGGCCGUGUCCUCCCCCUCUCUCUCUCUCUCAGGAGCACGAACUUUUUUCAGCAUUUCCCUCUCAGAUCGCCAUGGAUAAAGGGCAAAGUCAGAGAAAGAGAAAGAGAGCACAGAAAGAGAGCACCGAGGGAGCAUCCACUUCUUCGCUCAUCUCUCCAAAACUCACAGGACAAGGUGACGAUGCAUACGACAUAUUCUUGAGCUUUAGAGGCUCAGAUACUCGUAAGGAAUUCACUGACCACCUCUACAAUAGACUGGUCAAUUCUGGGACUGUGCCUAUUUUUGUGUUCAAGGACGAUAAGAGCAUCCCAAUUGGUGAGGAUUUUAGUUCACAAAUUUUUGGUGCCAUCUCACGAUCUAAGAUUUCGAUCCCCAUCAUCUCUGAAAAUUAUGCUACUAGCAAAUGGUGUCUUCGUGAGCUCAUCCAUAUGAUGGACUGCAAGAAUAGGGUGUCACACAUAGUGCUGCCAAUUUUUUACAAAGUUAAACCAUCAGAUGUGCGGAAUCUAGAAGGAAAUUUUGGGAAUGCCUUCCGUUCAAGUCAGGAGUAUUUUGAUGAGAAGGAUAUCCAGGAAGGGCCGCGAGCACUUAAAGAAGUGAGUUACUUACAGGCGUGGGAGUCUGAGAAAUUUGCCAACGGGCAUGAAGGAGAAUUAGUGGAAGAAGUGGUCAAAAAGGUUCUGAGCAAAUUACAACAAGACUUUCAGCUUGAUGUUACUGAGCUAGUUGGAUUUGGGGAGCAUGUGAGCAAAAUCAGGAAUUGGGUAGACACUACUGACAGUGCUGCUCGAAUGAUUGGAAUCUAUGGCAUGGGUGGGAUUGGAAAAACGACUUUGGCCAAAUUAAUCUACAACCAGUUGUUGGAUGAAUUUGUACAUCAUAGCUUCCUUGCUAAUAUUCGAGAAACGGCUCAGUACAAAGGGAAGAGAUCAAAUUCGCAAUGUACAUGUGGGAGGACUGUGGGUUUCGUCCAAGUCAAGGAAUAGAAGAAUUGGUACUGAGGUGCUUAAUAAAAAUUGAAAAUGAUGGCAAGUUAUGGAUGCAUGAUCAAUUGAGAGAUCUUGGAAGGAGCAUUUUUUGCCAAGGACAAUCACUUGAAAGAUGUAUUGAACCAUGGAUCAGCAAA